AUGGCUUCUCAAGAAUUUACUGUAUUGUACACUCACCAGAAAAUGAAAAAAUCAAAAACGUGGCAAGAUGGAAUUCUGAGGAUUAGAACUGGCGGAAAUAAGGCUGUCUUGUUUGAUGAUAAAGGACAGUGUUUGGAGAGUAUUUUUAUAAAAUCUCAGGUCAAUACUGGAGAUAAUUUAGAAAGCGAACGAUAUUUGAUCACAGUUGAAGCAGUAAAAGUGAAUGAAAAAUCUUUUGAAGAUCAGCCAAGGACAGCAGAAAGUCCAGCAGUGGAUAGAAAUGCUGUAAAACCUGGUGUUCUGCCUCCAAGACAUCUGUCUGUCGGCUUGAAAAGGAAGUUUACAGGUUUCCAAGGGCCACGCCAAGUUGAAAAGAAAAUAUCAACAAUGGAAGAUGGAGAAAAACCAAAAAUACUGCCUUUACCUAAGCAGUGCCAGGGUACUUUUCCGUCCAAGUUUUAUGUUACCUCUCCGUUAUUUUCUACGAUUUGCAAGAAGGAUGCAGAAACAAAUCUAUCUGCAGGCUUUCAUGAAGAUGUGUGUACGGCUACUGACAAAGAACACGUGUCUCUCUCCUCACUGCUUUCGGCUCCGUUUCUUGACAGAUGUGAGGAGACAGAGAAGCAAAACUCCGAUCAGUCCAUUGUGAAGCCAGAAUCUCCUCUAAUUACCAGGCACGCCCAAUCUAGUAGUCAGACAGGCUGUCACAGGGCAGCGUCACAGAACAUCAGGAGCACAGCACAGAUAAUAGCUCUUUUGAAGUCUAAACCAACACAAGGAUGCAGAGAGCAAACAACGUCUGAAGUCACAGAAUGUCCUUCUAGAUUUCAGGCAUUGGAAAAUGCAGACAGCUUAUAUGACAAAAAAAGCAUGAUCCUACCUGCUUUUUCAGGCAACCCUGCCAAAAGUCUCAUUCAAAAUAUUCAGCACCUGCCUUUUACAAAGGGAACUGUAAGUGAUGAAAAGGAGUGGAAUGCUGAAAUGCUUCUAAGUUCAGCUGAACAACCUUGUGAUAAAGAAGUCACAGGACAGACGCAUGACGAAAAAGCAAAUAAUUUAAGUCAAGAGAUACCAGAUCCCUGCAAUACAAAUAGUUGCUUCCUACCUGCAGCCACCAUAAGCAGCAUGAGUGACAAUCAGUUUGUCCCAUCCUCAGGUGAAGUUUUGUGUUCAACAAGUCCAGUCACCUUUGAAAAAACUCUCUCCAGACACAGGGAGCGUUCAGUGACUAACGGCCUUAAGGAGACUUCACCUGUGAGGUUGCCAAAUGAGCUUGGGCCCAGGCGAGGUUCAGAAAGGCUGCCUCGUGACCUGGAGCUCUCUGUGGACGUAACGUUGCCUGGAAUUGGAAUUGGAAAGGAGGAAUUAAGUACGCGUGGCAAAGACUGUGGUGCAGAUGAACAGGUGAUGGAGGUUAACUUUAAUCUAAUGGAGGCUUUUGAUUUUAAUGUCACCGACAAUGAAGACCUGUGUGAAAGCAAUGUGAAUAAGCUCACCGAAGGAGACAUGCUUUUACCAAGUCCAGAUUUCUUAAAAGGAGAAGGUGCAGCCCAAAACAGCAUGCUGAGGCUUCAUUCUUGCUGUGAAGUAGUGACACACAGUAAAAAUGAAGAAACCAAAUGUUCAACGUUUGACAGAGAGAAUGACAGAAACCACUGCACUGGGGGUAUACCCUCUCAGCUUGGCGACAACAAUGUCGGAGAGAUGGGGAGAACUGCAGAAGACUCUGCAAACCAGACCAGAAUUGAAGUGAGACGUUUGGAUGAUGGAAACAACAUAAAAGAGAUGAAAGAAAGUCAAUUAAGUAUUGAAGCCACAAAAAAUAAGAAGGAUCUUGAUGGCUGUGGAGCAUGUACCAUUAGCGGCAUGCCAUGGAUAAAAAGCAAGCACUCUGAUCUUUUGCCUGAUGACACAAAUGUUAAUGGAUGUCACCCUAAAGCCAGUAUGUUUGAGAAAACUGGAAGUAUGUCAUGUAUUUCUAUGAGCAGAGUAAUUUCUGCAAUGGACAAAAGGACCGAAGAAGAUGUUACACAGCUUGGAUGCAAGAAAUCCCCAGAUGUUCAUUUAGAACCCUUCUGGGCCACUAAGAGUGAUGACGUUAAACCAGGUAGUCCUUUGCUGGGUUUGUCACAAAAAUCAGAUCCUAGCUAUGGCUCAUUCCGAUAUAGUGCAGAAGACCAUCGAAAGGUAUUUGGCAUUUCACAGAAGGAAGAUACUUUCAUUUCCAGAAGUUCUAUCUGUCCUUUAGGAAAAGGCUGUUUGUCUCCAGAGGAAACAGCAGCAGGUGAAACUGAGUUUGAAAACGUAGAGAGCAUAAACGCCUUUCCUGAAGCCUGCAAAGCUGAAAGAAUAGGAAUUGAUUGCCUGAAAUGCACGGAAAUAGCUGAAAAUUCAUCAGAUCUUCCCGAUUUGGUAAACAGUAUUGCUCUUCUAAGAGCUUUGACUCAACAUAGCACAGCAUUAGAAAGCUUACAACAGAUGGAGGAAAAUAAUAGCAUAUUACAUGAAGCAAAGACUUCUAAAGAGAUACUUGAACCCCUUGUGAAAGAUGAAGCUAUAAAACACUUUACAGAAAUGCCUUACUCAGAAAGUAUACAGGCAUCUUCCUGUUCAUACUUUGAUUCUUCUGGCCUUAUGCCUGUUGCGUUUCAAGGGCACCAAGUAAAGGGAUCAGCAGCUAGUGAGAUGAUGUGGAGAGCUCCCUGCCUCCAGCCAGGAUGGCAGCAGUACCCAGAUGAUACGGAGUUUGCAGCCGAGAGGUUUUUGUCACCCCUGUUUUCAAGCAAUUAUGUCCUUUCUGACUUCAGAGAGUCUCCAGGUUCAGGUAGUCUUCAUGAGGAUGAUAUCAACUUUAUCAGAGAAGAGAAUUUUCAACAGAAUUCUGACGUUAUUAAAGAGUCAAGAAUCAAUCAGUCCCCAUUGGCAUUGAAUGUGUGUUCUGAAGUUCCCCCGCGGACUGUGUCAGGCUCACCUUCACAUUCCGAUGCGAGACGAACGCAGUGGACUUCAUGGGAACCUGACAAGAUAAUUUCAUCAGUAGAACUGACUUCCUCACUUGAUCCAGACUCUACAAUUUCUCCAGCCUCAGGAAGUGAGGAAACUACAGGAGACAUCCAGGAGCCCCCGAUACACAGGAUCUUGCCAAGUGAACCAGAACUUUCACAUUUUUCUUUCGCACGGGAGAAAUCCGGCUAUCUGGAGGAAUGCAACCUCUCAAGAUUCAACCCCAGAGCUAAAACACGAACUCCAUUUGUCACUCUUCCUGCCACGGAGAAGAUUCCUAACGCAGUUUAUCCAACUGACAGCGAGGAGCUCCAGCAAUCUUUCGGCUCGUCAGUAGUCAAUUUAUGCAACAAGUCAUCAGUAUUUCCUAUUAGCACUUUUGGCCCUGAGGACAGAAAUUACGAAACCUCUGUGUUUGGAGAGUACACGGAAGAGAGACAAAGGGAAUCCAUGCCACCGGCGUUCCCUAAUGUGACUUCAAAAUAUAGACAAAGCAAGUGGCUAAAGUAUCAAAACAGUUCUCAGUGUGACUUGGUAACUCAAAACAGCGAUGAUGGGGAAAUGACUGAUGACAUCUGUGCUGAGAACAUCCUUGGAAUGCCGCUGGGUGACACAGGAGAGAACAGCGCUGUGAAUAAAAGUGCUCCCAGCUCCGCACUUCUACAGACGGCAAGGAGCACGCCUGGCAACUGCUGUGCAAAUACCAGCAACCAAGAUUUGAUUUCAGAGGGGAAGUUACUUUCUCUGCGCUCAAGUCAGACGCCUUUGGCUGAAGCAACACAAAAGGUGUUAAGUCAUCUGAGCUGCCACACCAUAACAGGAGAUGGCCAGGACAUAACUAUCUCUGAGUUGUCUUUUCCCAAUGCGGAUAAAGUAAAAUAUACUAACCUUCCUAAAAGAAAGAUUUCCAUACCAACUGUGUUUCAGUCUCACGUUCACUAUAAACAAAUUUUUAAAGCUGCUCUGACAGAGCAAUUAAACACGGUGCUCUUUGAGUUGUCACAAAGAUUACACAACGCUCUUUCAAAAGUGGAUAUAUCAUUUUACACUUCCCUGAAAGAUGGGCGAAGUCAGAGCAAAGCAAGCUGCGUUCCACUCUGCAAUCACAUGCAUCCUGCUAAGCUUGCUGUGGUUAAAAAAGAAGGUCAAAACAAGGGUCGUUUGUUCUAUACCUGUGAUGCCCCAAAAGCUGAGCAGUGUUCAUUUUUCAAGUGGAUAGAAGAGGUGAACCCCGCACAGAUAAAAUCCAGACCCAGCGUAGUGCUUCAUGAUAUAAAAAGUAUUGGGACAUACCUCAGAAGUCAAAAGAUUUCCCUCUAUGAGGAAUGCCAGCUUUUGGUGAGGAAAGCCUUUGAAGCUCAAACACAGCGGUGUAGUAAGUUCAAGAAAUUUAUAAAUACACCUGCCAGGUUUGAUGGCGAUUCCAAAACCAAAUUAUACCUCAAACUAAGCAGAAAGGAGCAUUAUUCUCUCUAUAGCAAAGAUGAUAUCUGGGUUGUUUCGAAGACUCUGAACUUUGAUCCCCUCGAUACGUUCAUUGCAAGCAGUGCUUUCUUUGGACCAUCCUCCAACAAUGAAGUAGAAUUACUACCAUUGAAAGGUUACUGCCCCUCAAACUGGCAAUCAAAUAUGUUUGUUCAUGCCUUGCUGGUUUGUAAUGCUAGUGGUGAGCUUACAUCUUUAAGAAAUGUGGAGGAGCACUUCAAUCCAUCUACGUUACCACUAAUACCAUAUCUACUAAAAAUGAAUUUUGGUUCUGAAAAUGCUACUAAUAGAGUCACCAAAAGAAAAUUUAUUCCACCUGCCAUCAGCCUGAAACGCACAAUGAUGCCUGUCAGCACUGAAGUGGCAAUGGGACUAGCUAAAAAGAUGAUCCAAACGUUCUCACUGAACCCCGAUCAAGCUACAUCACUCAUUUGGAUCGCUCAGAUGAUGACCUCAUGUGAAAAUAUCAAACCAGUGGAAGAACAUCAGAGCUUCCCUAUCACUAUCAUACGUGGUGUUUUUGGAGCCGGAAAGAGCUAUCUGCUGUCUGUUGUGAUCUUGUUCCUAGUACAGCUCUUCGAAAGGAGUGAAGCGACGGAGGGUCCAAGGCCAGCUCCAUGGAAACUUCUGAUUGCUUCUCCCACAAACGUUGCCGUUGACAGGAUACUGCUGGGGCUACUUGAUCUCGGAUUUGAGGAUUUUAUCAGAGUGGGAAGUAUUAGGAAAAUCACCAAAGCAAUUCUUCCCUAUAGUUUACAUGCUGGCUCAGGAAAUGAAAAUGAGCAGUUAAAAGAACUGCUUGCUCUCAUGAAAGAAGAUUUAACUCCGGUUGAAAAAAUAUACGUCAGGAAGAGUAUUGAGCAACAUAAACUGGGGACCAAUAAAACUAUACUGCAACAGGUAAAAGUGGUUGGAGUUACCUGUGCUGCCUGCCCGUUCCCUUGCCUGAAUACUCUGAAGUUCCCUGUAGUGAUGCUGGACGAGUGCAGUCAGAUGACCGAACCCGCUUCUCUCCUCCCCAUUGCAAGGUUUCAGUGUGAAAAGCUAGUCCUUGUCGGAGACCCUAAGCAAUUACCGCCAACGAUUCAAGGGUCUGAGAGUGUUCAUGAAAAGGGACUGGAGCAGACUCUCUUGGACCGGCUUUGCUUAAUGGGACAUAAACCAAUACUUCUUCGGACACAGUACCGAUGUCACCCUGCUAUUAGUGCCAUAGCCAACGAGCUGUUCUACGAAGGAAAUCUGAUAGAUGGUGUUUCUGAGAAAGACAGAAGUCCUUUAUUGGACUGGCUUCCAACACUAUGUUUUUAUAGUGUUAACGGGGUAGAGCAAAUUGAAAGAGACAACAGCUUUUAUAACAUGGCAGAAGUUCAUUUUACAGUCAAGCUCAUCCAGUGUCUGAUUGCAAGUGGGAUAGAAGGAUCUGCAAUUGGUGUGAUUACUCUUUAUAAAUCACAGAUGUGUAAGAUUCAGAAUUUCCUUAGUGGCGUACACUCCGAGGCUUUUGAAAUUAAAGCUGUGCAGGUGUCCACUGUAGAUGCGUUCCAAGGCGCUGAGAAGGAGAUCGUUGUUUUGUCGUGCGUAAGAACAAGACACAUUGGGUUCAUAGACUCGGAAAAGAGAAUGAACGUGGCGCUAACGAGAGCUAAGAGGCAUUUGUUGAUUGUCGGAAAUCUGGCCUGUCUAAGUAAGAACAGACUGUGGGGAAAAGUAAUUCAUCACUGCAAAGGAUGGGAUAAUGGAUUACAACAUGUCAGCCAGUGUGAGCAGCAGCUAAACGACAUUCUUAAGUGUUACUUUGAGAAACAGAAGGAAGAGGAACAGAGUAAGAAAAAGGAAAAAUGAAAUGUG